AUGAAGUCCAAUACGAUGAAAGCUCUCCGCCUAACACGCGUGUCCCCAGAAUCACCGACACUUGCGGUAUCUUCUUUCCCAAUCCCGCAAUUGAAGCCAGGCUAUGCCCUCGUUCGUAUCCGCUAUGCCUCUAUCCAACCAUCCGACAGACUGAACGCGCAGGGUCUCUUCCCAUUCACGAGAUUCCCUAUAGUUCCCGGGCGUGACUAUUCAGGAACAGUGGUUGACAUCGCAGACAAGUCCGAGCAAUCCAGAUCAUGGAUUGGAAAGAAUGUCUAUGGAACCAGUGGUUCAGGUCUUAGCUUCCAGAUUGAUGGUACUCAUAGCCAGUACUGUUUGAUUCCUCAAGCUGCGCUGAUUGAGAUGCCUGCAUCUCUGUCCUUUAUUCAGGCUGCUACUGUCGGGGUACCAUUCACAACUGCGCAGAUCUGUUUGCAACGGGCUCAGGUUAAGGAAAGUGAUGUGGUGCUCGUGCUCGGUGCUACCGGGGCUGUUGGAUCUGCGGCUGUGCAGAUGGCCCGCGCAAUGGGAUGCAAGCAAGUUUUGACAGCAGCUCGGCACGGUGACCUGAACCCUGAUAUUGUCUUAUCUUCGAGCAAUCAUGCUGCUGUGCUAGAGGGAAUCGCUGCAUUGACCGAUGGAAGGGGUGUGGAUGUGGUCAUUGACACCGUGGGCGACCUGGCACUGAUGUCAGUGGCUGUAGAGCAACUGGCUCUGAAGGGGCGCUAUUCUUGGAUCACUGCGCCCAAAGGUGAUGUGAGCAAGAGGCUGUCAUUCGACGUGUUCCAGGCUUAUCGGAAGGAGUUGUCUCUACUGGGAUGCAAUUCGGCGGCUCCCCCGGUUGAGGAUACGGCUGAAUAUUUGAGAUCUAUGAGUGGAUGGAUUGAUCAGGGACUACUGGGGGUACAGAAGGAGUCUGAGUUCCGAGUGGUCAAAUUGGAUGAUGCUAUUGAGGCUGGUUAUAAAAAGCCGGGAAAGGUAGUUAUCGAUAUGGAAUAA